UGUAUGAAAGUGUUGUGUGUCUGUAGUAGUGAUGGUCUGAUGUAUGAAGGUGUUGUGUGUCUGUAGUAGUGAUGGUCUGAUGUAUGAAGGUGUUGUGUGUCUGUGGUAGUGAUGGGUCAUGUUAACGUGAUGAACAUGUGUGAUCAUGUUGUGUGUCUGUUGUGUGUCUGUAGGAGUGAUGGGUCCGGUGGAGAUGGACGAGUUCGGGGACAGACAGAUGGACUUUGCUGUUUGGGACACGAUCAACAUCGAGUCUGGAGAGUUCCAGGUGGUGUGUGUGUACAACAGCAGCAUGAAACAGCUGAUCAUGCAGGGUGGGCGGAGCUUCCAGUGGCCAGAUGGCUCUCCACCGCCAGAUGUCCCAGAGUGUGGCUUCAAGAACGACCAACCAGCCUGCCUCGCACGUACAGUUACAAUGCAUCAGAUGGUUGCCAUAGUGAUCUGCUUCAUCUUUGUAAUCAUUGUUACCGUGACUGUGUUCAUCUACAGGUGAGAAAGUCACUCACUCACUCACUCACUCACUGACACGUUUUUACUUCUAUUCUUGUGUAGAGACUAAUUGACAAUCUGUCCUCACUUUACUAGAAUGUCAUCACUUUACUAAAAUGUCAUCACUUCACUAAAA